CUCAGUGUGUGUGUGACAGCAGACAGAUUAACACACACCCUCCUCUGAAACAAACACUCUCUCUAACUUUUUUUUAUUCCACUUUUUUCCUCCGUUAAUCCGCCAUCAUGGAUCUGGACCCGGCCGUUAUUAUUCCCGCCAUCCUCUUCACGGUCGUCGCCAUCUAUUUCGCCACUUCUCUCCUGAGUAAGAAGCCCGACGCCUCCUCCUCCUCAGCCGGGAAACAGAAGCCCAAAGUCGGCUACGGAGAUGACAUCCCUCCGUCCAGAGCUCUGGCUCCUCCAGCACCCAAACCUGAGCCUCCUGCUCCGGCUGUAGAGACGAUCAAACCGGUGGAAAAGAUCCAGGAGACACCGCUAAAGGCUGCCCCAGAACCAGUAAAAGUACCAGAGCCUGAACCAGAACCAGUAAAAGCACCAGAGCCUGAACCAGAACCAGUAAAAGUACCAGAACCCAAACCAGUAAAGGAACCAGAGCCAGAGCCUGAACCAGUCAAGGUACCAGAGCCUGAACCAGUAAAAGUACCAGAGCCUGAACCAGAACCAGUCAAGGUACCAGAGCCUGAACCAGUAAAAGUACCAGAACCAGAGCCUGUACCAGAACCAGAGCCAGUAUCAGAGCCUGAACCCGUCCCGGAACCAGAGCUGGAGCCCGAAGUCAUCCCAGAGCCUGAACCGGAGCCCGUGGUCGAGCCUGAACCCGAACCUGUCGUGGAGGAGUCCCUACCUGAGCUGAUCCCUGGAUCCACAGAGGAACCCGUUGUAGAGGUUUCACCUGAGCCUGCGCCAGAACCAGAACCCGAGCCCGUCCUGAACAACGAUGUCGCUGCAGCUGAAGAUAAAGUGACGUUCACCCCGGGAAAGAAACAGAGCAAAUUUGAGACGCUGAUGACCAAGGAGGAGAUCGAGGAGGAGCAGAGAGCGGCCGAAUGAUCUCCAUAUCUUUUUUUCUUCCAGCUGAUCAGCGAUGGCGACGACGAGCGAUGGAAUACGACUCGGCUGCGUCUCGACUCUGCCGCCUGAAGGAUUUCAAACUCCUUCGUUUGGCGUCAGGGCUGCUUGUGAAUAGCAAACGUCUUUACACCAAAGUGCCUUGAAAAAAAAAUUCUGCGUUUUUACCCGUCUGAGUUUGUGUUGAAGAGUUUUAAAGGCGAAGGAGUGUGGGAGUGUGAAGUUCUAACGUAGAGGCAGAGAGAAAACAGUGUGACAUGUUUGUUUCCAGCUAUUUAACUGUGAUCUAAUAAAGUUUAGUCUGACUCUAGUUAUCGUGAAGAAACCCUAACUUUAGACUGACUCCUCACGGCCGUUCUCUCCUGAACCGCUGUCAGGGAAAGUCGACAGAAGCAGCAGAAGCUCUUCAGGCUUCACUUCUUGGUUGUUUAUUUGAAGUUUUCAAUUCGUUUCUGUUUGCUUGAAAUGUUUAAAAUAAUGCAAUAAAUGUGUGAAACUGUC